ACCACUGCCAGCUGUGCCCAUCAAAACCACAACACGUGAAAAAUUUUGUAAAUUUUGUAAAUAAAUAAAUAUUUGAGAGCUAUUUCGAUGGAUCUGUCUUCUAGUGAGUCCGCGCCAGACUCGGAGCCCGAGGAAGUCAGUGAAGAUGAAAGCCAGUCUGCCAUUCGGGAAGAUCUUAAGGGAAUGUCCUUCGAGGAGAUUAUGCAGCUGAAGGAGCAGCUGGGCGCCAAGGUCUACAAGGAGGCAGUGCUAGGGAGUAAAAGCGCCCCGGCAAAGAAACAAAAAACCAAAACGGACCUCAAGCGUCUCAACAAAAAUCGCCCGCGGGAAAUGAGCUCCAGGAAACAGGUGCCCUUCCUGGGCGCUGAGCACCGCGUGGAGCGCAAAAAAGAGGUUGAACUGCGGGAUCCACGAUUCGAUGAAAAGUCGGGGGACUACAACAUUGAAACCUUCAAGAAAAACUACAAGUUUGUGACGAAUAUACGUGACAAGGAAGUUGGCCAAUUGAAGAAGCAACUGGACGAAGUGGCGGAUACCGAGGAGAAGCAGAAAAUCAAGCACACCAUGCAGAGGCUCAUCAACAAGAAUGUGGAGGACAAGCGGUGGCACAUCAAGCAGCAAACCCUGAAAAAGGAGCGUGACAACAUCCAAAAGUCACACAACGAAGGACAGCAGCCUCACUAUCUCACCAAGAAGGAACGUCGUGCCAAGGAGCUGGUGGCCCAGUUCGAACUGCUGAAGAGCACAGGAAAGCUGAACAAGCAUUUGGAGAAGAGGCGCAAGAAGAAUGCUGCCAAGGACAGAAAGCGGAUUGGUCUAGAUUAGAGUUUCUUUAGGUAUAAAUGUAUAUUAACGAUUAAACAGUUUUCAUAUUGAA